UCGUGUUUGGACCUCCCUCCCGCGAAGAAGACAAUGCUCCGGACGACAAGGCUGGGGGAAAAAAAAAAAGCCAAGAAGAAACUAGUCUCAUUUCCAACAACACAAUGGAGCUAAAAUGGACAAAUACUCUCCCCAGGAGCCUUAUAUUGACCGGAUUUGUGUUUUGUGUCCUGUCAGUGUCAAAACCGUCACUGGCAGUCGAGGUCUUUGCCGACUCGGAAGUCGUAGUGGAAAACGGGACCGCCGGAGUUCUCCGCUGCACCUUUAAGUCCAGCGAAGUGGUCAGCGCCAAAAUUACGGUGUCAUGGAGCUUCCAGUCCAAUCAGCCCGACACACAGUUUUCCAAAGAGCAGCAUGGGUUCUUCUACUUCUCCAACAACCAAGCGGACACAGACCCGAAAGUCUUCCAAGACCGAGUGCAAUUCGUUGGCGACAUCAACAAGAAGGACGCCUCGAUACGAAUCAACCCGACCCAGUUCAGCGACAACGGCACCUUCUUCUGCGCCGUAAAGAAUCCGCCGGACAUCUCGGGGACGCAGGCUCGUGUUGAGCUGCGGGUGGUCUCGAGAGGAUCUCUUCCUCAGAGCAACACUCCCGUUAUUGUCGGAGCGGUGUGCGGCGCUCUGUUCCUGCUGGUGCUCAUCCUCAUCAGCAUAUGCGUUGUUAUGAAGGUGCUUCACAAUCGCCACGAUUACGAAGGCUGUAUAACCUUGGAAAGCACGCGCUCUCCGCCUCCGCCGCCCAAAAAGAAGGCGGAGCCAAAGCUGCAGGGCCCCAGGAGUACCAGCCCCUCGGGUCAAGUCCAGGUAGGAGCCGAGGGACCAACGCAUACCGGCCCGGUGAUAUACGUCCAGUUGGAUCACUCGGGCAGCAGAAACUCCUUCCACAAAAUGGAGCCGGUGGUCUACGCUGACAUUCGCAAAAACUGAAACAGACCGGGACAGCGGCGCCAAAACCCCAAAAAGAGAAUAAACCCCCACAGUAAAGUAUCAGACCUCUUCUAUCAGCUGCUCUCGGGAAGGGUGAGCCUUUUUAUCAUACAGGGAUGGUUUUAGUUGAAUGAUUUGUGUUUGUUUUUGGUCCUCUGGAAGCAUGACGCUGAUGUUCUUUACGUGCUUUGAUGCAAAGACUCAACACUACAUAUCCAUGUUCUCCAUCCGUCUGUUAAAACAGCAUUGAAAUAUGGAAAUAGCCUGAGAAAAAAAAAGAGUUGAACCAUUUCCAGCGGGCACAGAAUUUUCUAGAACCUUUCGACAUUUCCUCUUGCUCUAACCCGUGACUUUUAGUGCAAAUAGUAGAAAAAAAAAGAAAGACAAAUUGUAGAUCAAAUAGGGAUGGGUAUGCAACAAAUGUGUAUCAUUAUUUUUGUUGCAUUACACAAGGCAUACAAUAUUGAAAACCAUUUGCAUGACAGUGAAAGGAAAUUCUCCCCUCUUUUGUUUUUUAAAUUAAUUUCAAAAGAUCUUUGAAAAAAAAAUUCUGGUAUUUAAUGUUAAAGAUGCAUUACAUCUCAAUUGCUAAUGCAAAGAAAGAGGGAAAUGUCGCCCUCUGGUGGUCUACAAAUUGAUCUCAAUGAGAGGAAUGUGGCUCUAUUUGCUGGUUUUAAAAAUCCAUCCAUCCAUCCUUUCUUUUUCUACCGCUUGUCCCUUACGGGGUCGCGGGGGGUGCUAAAAGAAAAAGAUAAAACAUGUUUCCAGGGCUUUUUAAUUCAUUUUCACAAGGCAAAACAGGGGUUCUCAAACGUUAUACACCAAGUACACUCUCAAAAAAAAUGUUUAACUUCAAAUAUGUGACUUAUAUACUUGCAAAUAAUUGGAUUGAAUGACGUAAGUCAAACAUUCAAAAUUUCAGCAAGUCUAAUUCACUUUCAGGGGAUAAGUAUAUACAUUUGUACGAUUAUUUCAUACGUAUAAGUCUAAUAUAAUUUAAAAAAACUAAUUUGAGUACCUCAGUUUGAGAGUUGAUGCAAAUAAGAGCAAAUGGCGCUCUUUGCUGGGUUUUUUCAGCCAUUACACUAGGCAAAAAGUAUGUUUAACUACUGUACUGCAAGUAAAUAAAGUGUUUUUUCAAAUUAAUGAUGUACUCUGUAAAGAUAAAUGUCGCCCUCUGUUGAUUUUUAAAGGUAGUGUUAGGGCAGACGACUUUAUUGCUUCCAUUGUGGGGUUUGGCGCCCUCUACUGGUCAUAGCCAUGCAGUGAAACCGACUGUGACUUGCUUGUUGGUACAAAAAGAAAACUCAAACCCACAUGAUUAGAUUAAAUUAAUCAUGCCCAUCCCUUAAUUUAUCUGCAAAAAAAAAAAAACGUAACUACGCAGAAAAUAUAUUUAUUUAUGCCGGCGGCCGAAAAGAAAACUGUGGUGCUGCAUUCAGGUACAGUUGGAAAUCAAAGUAACAAAUGAGUGAUGUUUUGAUGUCGUUAAAAAAAAAAAAAAAAAAAAUCCUCCACACAAUAACCACCUUGUACGCAUGCAGCCGUCAGGAAGCUAACGUUGUUACUGUGAACGCACGUUGUGUAACCUUCCGGCAUGUUGCUGUUGUGUCUCUUUAAUUCAACGUUUUCCCCUCAGCGGAGCAGUUUUUGUCCUUGCGUAGAUCAAACAUGUAAGUAAUUAUCUGUAAAAUAAUAUUUUUGUUCUGAAUGUUUUUGUGUAUGUUUCACUGAGGGGAAAAUCCGAAGCGAGCGUUCACUUUGAGGGGGAAUAGCAAAAUACUGAAACACUGUUUGCAUGCAAUCUACUAACUCGGUCAUCCAAAAAAAAAAAAAAAACGGGCCAAAUAUCUCAUUCAUUUUUUUUUACGUUCCAGCUUUAAAAUGCUUUUUUUUUUUUUUUUCUGUUGAAGCAUUUCAAGCCAAAUUCCUUUUGUUAAUGUGAAAUGUGUGUGUGUGUGUGUUUAAAACUGUCUUUAUGUCGUCAUUCCCCGCUGCAGUAAACGUCCACGCUGACAGUAUUUGUACAGGAAACACUCGUAAUGUAAAGUAGUGCUCUUUACUGUAACUCGCUCAUUCCAACCUUUUUUGUGUCUUUUUUUGUGUCUUUUUUUUUU